CUUCAUCCAUCCCUCCCUCCCGCUCCAUCCCGCCUCGCCGGGGCCGCUGCUCUCUCUCCGGCGGGCGCUGCGCCUUUCGGUCGGGACGAAGCGGCGCUCCGGGAUCCGGCCGGGCGGACGCACCGUGGAAUAUUGAGCCUGUUUAUCAGCAUAGAGAAAUUUAGAUUGGAAGGGACCCCUGGUGGUCAUCUGCUCCAACCUCCUCCUCAAAGCAUGUUCGACUAGAUCAGGUCUGUAUUUGAGGUGCAAGAUGUCUUCCCUGAGGCUGAUCUCUAACAGAACCUCCCAGCAGGCCCUGUCUAACUCUGAUUACACCUGGGACUACGAGUACUAUGAGUAUGGACCAGUGUCAUUUGAAGGCCUGAAGGCUCAUAAGUAUUCCAUUGUGAUUGGAUUUUGGGUUGGUCUUGCAGUUUUUGUCAUCUUCAUGUUUUUUGUCCUGACUCUGCUGACGAAGACGGGAGCGCCACAUCAAGACAAUGCAGAACUUUCCGAAAAAAGAUUUCGCAUGAACAGCUUUGUGGCAGAUUUUGGAAGACCUUUGGAGUCUGAGAGGGUCUUUUCUCACCAAAUGGCUGAAGAGUCUCAGUCACUUUUUCAUUUCUGCAUUAACGAAUUGGACCAUAUGAACAAAGCAAAAGAGAGUCAGAAAGGUCCAAGUCUGGAUAGCAAUACCCACUUCCAGGAGGUUUCCAAAAGCAGUGGAGUGUUUGAGGAAGACCUACAUCGUCUUACAAAAUUCAACAUUCCUAACUUUGUGAACACUGAGCAGAACUCUUCAUUAGGUGAGGAUGAUCUCCUCAUCUCAGAGCCACCAAUCAUUUUAUAAAGCAAACUGGUUAUGCAAUCUUCCCAUUGGAUCCUUGACUGAAAAUAUCUUUGAGGUAAACAUUCCCGCUAUUGUCCAGUUUGAAGCCUUUCUUGGUCUGCUGCUCUUUUGACAGAAGGUAUUUCAGACGUGCUUUUUAUUGUAUGUAAGAUUAGCUGUACUGACAGAACUCAGUUUAGACAAGAUGAAAGAUACUGAAUGCUUUAUUCUGAUGCCUUCUGAGGUCUAAAACUUCUGCCCAGUAUUAUUUUUGCUUUUUGAUUUUGCUUGUUUCCUGUAUUAUUCUUCAUUUUUAAACAUCUACUUAUGGCCAGCUUCUGAAGGAUAUAAUUCACAAGGACUGUGAAGGCUGGAGCCUGGCACUGGGAGGUCUACGAAAAUUCAUUGGCCAAGAAAGGUGUAAAUCUCAAAGAAGACUGAAGAAAGGAAUAAACAGCCCCUGGGGAGGUUCUGUAGUUUCUGCUACUCCCAACAAGGUGCCUGAAGCUGAGCAGCACAGUAAAGACUAAAGACCUGCUUGGGACUAACUUCAAUUUCUGAUCCCUAACUGCUUUUUGGUGCAGUAAAACCCAAUUUACAAAGCUUCCAGAGGGAGCACCUUGCAAAUUAAAUUGUUUGGUUACAGUGUUUACAAAAUGCUAUCACCACCUGCUGCUGAGUAAAAGCAAAUUGGUGCCUGUAUUGUACUUCAGAAUGACACCUCAGCAGCUGCCCCAUGAUGACAUGGAAUUAGUAUUCUCACAAACAUAAACUCUGAUCUGUCUUUAUUUUUUUUUUUUCUGUUAAUUGCUGAUGUGAACUUUGAGUUUACUAAUUACGGGAUUCAGUAGCUAAAUCACAGGAAAUAAGAAAAAGAGCUAUUUUUCUUUGGCCAAUAAAGUUACUACAUGCAAAUGAUA